CCGCACUGUCCCUGCUUCCCAGGGAGCGCCCGGCUCCGGCAAGUCCCUCCUCCGCCUCGGCAGUGCGGGCCGCCUCCUUCCCUCCCUCUCUCGGCCGUAGCCUCCUCCGGCGGCAGCGGCGGUGCCCGCCGGCCCCAUGGCGGCGGAGCCUCAACCCAAGGCGCUGACUCGCAAGCCCCUCCUGCUCAACAAAGUGGAGGGCUCGCAGGAGGUGGUGAACAUGGCAGCGAUAGUGCCCAAGGAGGACGGGGUCAUCAGCGUCUCGGAAGACAGAACAGUUCGAGUCUGGCUGAAGAGAGACAGUGGGCAGUACUGGCCCAGUAUAUACCAUGCUAUGCCAUCUCCAUGUUCAUGCAUGUCUUUUAACCCGGAAACCAGAAGGCUGUCCAUAGGUCUAGACAAUGGUACAAUCUCAGAAUUCAUUUUAUCAGAAGAUUACAACAAGAUGACACUAGUGAAAAGUUACCAGGCUCAUCAGAGCAGGGUCAUCAUGAUUCUGUUUGUCCUGGAGAUGGAGUGGGUGUUGAGCACCGGACAAGACAAACACUUCACGUGGCACUGUUCGGAGAGCGGCCAGCGGCUGGGGGGGUACCGCACCAGCGCGGGCGCCUGCGGCCUGCAAUUUGAUGUGGAAACCCGGCAUGUGUUUGUUGGUGACCAUUCUGGGCAAGUGACCAUCCUCAAACUAGAGCAAGAGUCCUGCAGCCUUGUCACCACAUUUAAGGGACACACAGGUGGAGUCACUGCUCUCUGCUGGGACCCAAUACAGCGAGUUUUAUUCUCAGGCAGUUCUGAUCAUUCCAUUAUAAUGUGGGAUAUUGGAGGAAGAAAAGGAACAGCCAUCGAGCUGCAAGGACAUAAUGAUAAAGUUCAGUCUCUCUCCUAUGCUCACCACACCCGGCAGCUCAUCUCCUGUGGUGCAGACGGGGGAAUCGUCGUCUGGAACAUGGAUGUUGAGAGGCAGGAGACCCCGGAGUGGCUGGAUAGUGACUCUUGUCAAAAAUGUGACCAGCCUUUCUUCUGGAACUUCAAGCAAAUGUGGGACAGUAAGAAAAUAGGCCUCAGGCAGCAUCACUGCCGGAAGUGCGGGAAAGCCGUGUGCGGGAAAUGCAGCUCCAAGCGCUCCUCCAUCCCGCUGAUGGGCUUCGAGUUUGAAGUCAGGGUCUGCGACAGCUGCCACGAGUCCAUAACGGAUGAGGAGAGGGCACCGACAGCUACUUUCCAUGACAGUAAGCACAACAUUGUUCAUGUACACUUCGAUGCCACCAGGGGAUGGCUGCUGACCUCGGGGACAGACAAGGUUAUUAAGUUGUGGGAUAUGACACCAGUAGUGUCUUGAUGUUACAUCAGUGGAACUUGAAAGGUGAUAUUUACAGAAGAAAUGGAUUUCCUAACCCUAAUUAUACUGCAGAAGAUAGAUAACACUGGGCACAUACGGCAGAUGAGAAAGGAACUAAUGUGUUUACAACAACUUUAUGUCCUCUGCUUGAUCCAGGCUGAACAUUUGCACGAAGACUCUUUCCACUUCUCAAAAUAUUCAAGAAGGUAUUUUUUUAACUAACGGUUUGUACGAUCUGACUUUGGUUGUCUUGAGUUUGUUUGGAAAAAUCUGUGUGCAGUGCAAUUUUUAGUUUUUAUAUUUCAGUAUGUCAAGAUACUUGCUGCUUUGUACAGAGGGUUCUUGGGUUGUGUCUUCCUCUGUGAGUUUUUGGUGUCAACAGACUGUGUAAGGCAAUUGGCUCUCCCUGCAGCCAGUACCUGUUGGUUUGGGAUAUUUCUGCUGACCAUGCUCUCUCCAGAGGAGGAAAUCCAGGCACGGUCUCUGGAUGCAUCACCAAGGAGCUGAUGGACUAUUGCAAUUCCUAAAAGGGCUCUACCAUCUACUUGUCCUAGUGGGCAUCAUCCGGAGAGCAUUCAUUGGUCUGUAUAAUCUUCCUGCCUCUCCUUUUGCUGCACAAGUCGCAGAACGAGGGGUCAGGUUAUUCAGCAACUGAUUUCUACAGAAAACUGAAAUAGUUUUCCAGCUCAGAGCAUUAUAUGGAGCACACAGACUUGUUUGAGGUUGAUGAUGCUGAUAGUCUGAUUCAAAGGAAAUUAUUGGCAACAGGAACUUUUGGGAGUGUGUGCAUGGAGGGGGGCAGAUCUAAAACUGGUCUAGAUCUGAAAAGUCUGGUUUAUCUCUACCUCUACCUCUACCUUGCACAGCAACAUUUCAGCAUUUAUACCUGUCUGUGUUGUUGAAGAUUAAUUUUGUUCUUCCUGUUUUCCAUAUGGUUAGUCAUAUUUAUUUUUUUAAAUGCUGAUGGUUUUUAUUAAUUUUCUCUAUAGACCCAGAAGUGAUAUUGCUGAAUGAUGCCCAUUGUCCUGUUGUCAUACUUUACAGUUUCUCUUAAAAAAUAAACAAUAUUUAAAAACCUG